ACCGCCAUUAAACAACAGAAGAAGAAGAAGAAGAAGAAGAAGAAGGUGGUGAUGGUUGUGUGCGCAUACAAAGUGAUCGGUGCGUUGAAAAUCAACGUUUAAAUUAAAAUAUCUUAACACUAUAUUCUUCCAUUAAGCAACGUGUCUGCAGGCCUCCUUGUUCCAUUAGCUAAAGGUUGGAAACAUUAGCUGGUUGACCGAGGGAAACCAGAGAAUCUGUCCGGGAGAAGAUGUACCGUGGUCGACCUCCGACGAGAGGAGGCUACCCGCCACCUUUCGAAGGCAGAGUUCCGCCGCCUCCGAGGCCUUACGCGGCAUUGGGCUACAGAGACGACAGGAGCCGGCCCAGGCCUCCCUACCACCCCGGAUACAACGACCACGGUCACUCGGACUCCUGCCGUCGCUCCCCGCCUCGCAGGAGGUACCCAUCCCCAGGGGCAGGAAGUCACCGAGGCGGAGAGUACUGGGCCGGUGGUCCGCCGAGAGAGACGUCUCUGUCACCACAUGGGGCAGUCCCCCUCGACCGCAACCUGGUUAUCACUGUUGGCAACGAGCUGAUCGGACCACCUGGCUCCACCUCCUCAUGUCAUCAUGACAGAGAUUAUCCUCCUCGCCCUGAGUAUGAGCGCAGCCGAAGCCGACCUCGCAGCCGGAGCCGGGACAAGAGUCGAGGCCGGAGCCGGAGCCGGGACAAGAGUCGAGGCCGGAGCAGGAGCCAGCCCCGCAGCCCAACCCCGAGUCCAGACGCCGGAGUCUAG